AUGCUCGAGCCAUUUAAUCAGAUUUACUUUGACAAGGUAGAGGUCUUGAAAGAGGAAUCCAAGAGCAACGAGGCUAUUGAUGUGAAAAUGAGGGAGGUCGUGGACAAAGCGAAUGCCUUUUAUUGCAGAGCAAUACCCGAUAGUUUGAAAACGUCUCCAUAUUUUAGAUUCAAGGUCGCCAGCAAGAGGAGCGAGACGAAUGCAAUUAACAUGGAGGCAAUGAUUACCGAAGAAUCCAUGACCAGCGUGGAUACCAUGAUCGUCGAGGGGUUCAUGGCCAGUGAGGAGGCCGACCAGAGCGACAUGAGCGAAAUUAAGAUCUAG